GAGGUUGAAGCCGCGCUCUUACACAGGGUCUAUAGUUUGCAGACAGUCCCCGAGAAGCUGGGGCGUUCCGAAUUGGCUGAGCGCUCAGCCCGGGGAGGGCGGGGAAUUUGCAGAACGUCCCUCGCCCGGAAUCCCUUUGCCUGAGAAAGCCUAGCAAGCUCGGAAGCGGAGAGAAGUUGGGGAGGUCGACCAGGGGAGGGUUCGAAGAAAUCGCGGACAGAUUUCCCCUCCACUCCCUCCAGGAGGAAACGUCUCUACUUGCGUCUUGGGGGCGGUCGGUGGACGCGUUGCGCACGGCCCCGCCAGGGCUGGUAGUUUGCAGACCGUCCCUGCCGAGGCCCGCUAGCCCGGCGGCCCUGCGGCUCCCGCGGUGGCGGCCGCUGCCAGGGGUACGAUCCAGCCCAGGUACCCGCGCUGCAGGCUCGUGGGGCGCUGUGACCCCGCGCCUGGCUGCUCCUGGAACCCCUCCAGAGCACGGCGGCUGGAAAGUGACCCCGACUGCUACUGAUGUUGCUGCUGCUGCUGCCCUGCGAGCAGGAGUGAUUCCUAUCUGAAAGUGGACAUUGGAGGAGGAUCCAUUAGACCAUAAUGACCCUGGGAGCAAGUGUAUUUAUGAAAGCCGUCCUUGCCAGACCCCACAUCUACUAGCACCUUGAUCUGGGGCAUUGCAACCUCGGGAAUUUGCACAGAAUGGAAGCCAGACAAGGAAAUCAGCUGACUCAGGAGCCAGACUGGGAACCAACACACUCACCGCCCCAGCCUGUACCAUGAACUUGAGUCCACCUUCUGCACGUUAGGAGCCAAGGGCAGGGUGGCGUUGCUGGAGAGCGAUGGCUUUCUUUACUCCUUGGAAGUUGUCCUCUCAGAAGCUGGGCUUUUUUCUCGUUACUUUUGGCUUCAUUUGGGGGAUGAUGCUUCUACACUUCACCAUCCAGCAGCGGACUCAGCCCGAAAGCAGCUCCAUGCUGCGGGAGCAGAUCUUGGACCUCAGCAAAAGGUACAUCAAGGCACUGGCAGAAGAAAACAGGAACGUGGUGGAUGGACCAUAUGCUGGUGUCAUGACGGCUUAUGAUCUUAAGAAAACUCUAGCCGUGUUACUGGAUAACAUCUUACAGCGCAUUGGCAAGCUUGAGUCAAAAGUGGACAAUCUCGUCGUCAAUGGCACAGGAGCAAACUCCACCAACUCCACCACAGCUGUCCCUAGCUUGAUAGUGCUUGAGAAAAUUAAUGUGGCAGAUAUCAUUAAUGGAGCUCAAGAAAAAUGUGUGUUGCCUCCCAUGGAUGGCUACCCCCACUGCGAGGGGAAAAUCAAGUGGAUGAAAGAUAUGUGGCGCUCAGAUCCCUGCUACGCAGACUAUGGAGUGGACGGAACUAUCUGCUCCUUUUUUAUUUACCUCAGUGAGGUUGAAAAUUGGUGUCCUCAUUUACCUUGGAGAGCAAAAAAUUCCUAUGAAGAAGCUGAUCAUAACUCAUUGGCGGAAAUUCGUACAGAUUUUAACAUUCUCUACAAAAUGAUGAAGAAGCACGAGGAGUUCCGGUGGAUGAGACUGCGGAUCCGGCGAAUGGCUGACGCUUGGAUUCAAGCGAUCAAGUCUCUGGCAGAGAAACAAAACCUUGAAAAGAGGAGACGGAAGAAAGUCCUGGUUCACCUGGGGCUUCUGACUAAGGAAUCUGGCUUCAAGAUCGCAGAGACGGCAUUCAGCGGUGGCCCUCUUGGUGAACUAGUUCAAUGGAGUGAUUUAAUUACAUCUCUGUACCUACUGGGCCAUGACAUCCGGAUCUCAGCUUCACUGGCUGAGCUCAAGGAGAUUAUGAAGAAAGUUGUGGGAAACCGGUCUGGUUGCCCAACUGUAGGUGACAGAAUUGUUGAACUCAUUUAUAUUGACAUCGUGGGACUCACGCAGUUCAAGAAAACUUUAGGACCAUCUUGGGUUCAUUACCAGUGUAUGCUCCGAGUCCUGGAUUCCUUUGGAACGGAACCUGAGUUCAAUCAUGCGAGUUAUGCACAAUCUAAAGGCCACAAGACUCCCUGGGGAAAAUGGAAUCUGAACCCUCAGCAGUUUUACACCAUGUUCCCUCACACUCCAGACAACAGCUUUCUGGGCUUUGUGGUUGAACAGCACCUGAACUCAAGCGACAUCCACCACAUUAAUGAGAUCAAACGACAGAACCAGUCCCUUGUGUAUGGCAAGGUGGAUAGCUUCUGGAAGGAUAAGCAGUUCUACUUGAAUAUAAUACACACAUACAUGGAAGUGCAUGCCACUGUUUACGGCUCCAUCACGAAGAACAUUCCCAGUUACGUGAAAAACCACGGCAUCCUCAGUGGGCGGGACCUGCAGUUCCUCCUCCGGGAAACCAAGCUGUUUGUUGGGCUUGGAUUCCCUUACGAGGGCCCAGCUCCCCUAGAAGCCAUUGCAAAUGGAUGUGCUUUCCUGAACCCCAAGUUCAGUCCUCCCAAAAGCAGCAAAAACACAGACUUUUUCAUUGGCAAGCCAACACUGAGAGAGCUGACAUCCCAGCACCCGUAUGCCGAAGUGUUCAUCGGCCGCCCGCAUGUCUGGACUGUGGAUCUCAGCAAUCGUGAGGAAGUAGAGGACGCAGUGAAAGCCAUCUUGAACCAGAAGAUUGAGCCGUACAUGCCAUAUGAGUUCACAUGUGAAGGGAUGCUACAGAGAAUCAAUGCUUUCAUCGAAAAACAGGACUUCUGCCAUGGCCAAGUGAUGUGGCCACCCUUGAGUGCGUUGCAGGUGAAGCUGGCUGAGCCAGGACAGUCCUGCAAGCAGGUGUGCCAGGAGAACCAGCUCAUCUGUGAGCCAUCUUUCUUCCAGCACCUCAACAAGGGCAAGGACUUGCUGAAGUAUGACAUAAUCUGCCAAAGCUCAGAGAAAUUCAAGGACAUCCUGGCACCCUCUUUCCUUCCCGAGAGCAAGCACUGUGUGUUCCAAGCAGACCUCCUGCUCUUUAGUUGUGCCGGGGCCCACCCCAAACACAAGAGGAUCUGCCCGUGUCGGGACUUCAUCAAGGGCCAGGUGGCCCUCUGCAAAGACUGCCUAUAGCCACCCAGUGUUCAUCUGGAUGGGGAAGAGGUGGCUCCACCGGGUGGGGCCAGCGGACCAAAGUCAUUCAGGGACUCUGGCCAGAGCCCCAACUUUUUUGGUCCAGGGCUUGGAUUUGGUACUGCUCCAGCUACAGCCAGCACUUACACCAAAACAACAUGAGAGCAGAGGUCAGGCCAGGAGCCUGGCUUCUCCCAGGUGCAACAAACGUCAUUUCUAUCUUGUGAGGAGCAGCUGUAGAGAGACUGUUGAGGCAGCUGCUCCAGGGGUUUAAAACAAAAAAGAAAAAAAGUCUUGAGACUCAUUCAACUCAGAGCAAAACAAGAGGAGGAAUUGAGCUGAUUGGAAACUUUGGGGACAUGUUAACUUAUUUAUUUGGGAGGGAGGGAGGGAGGCUGGGAGGGAGGAAAGGGGUUGACCACAGUUUCCUCUUCUGUUCCCCUGUUAAUCACCCACCUUCAGGAUCCUGUUAUUGGGUAUCUGCCCACAAGCAGGGUGCAGUGGGGUGGCAUGCUUGAGAGUAGAGAGUAGCUGUGGAGACCUGGCUUCUGGAAGCAAGUCACAGCAGAGCAAAAAUUGUCUUGCUUUAGGAGCAGGGAUGUGGCUCAGUUGGUAGAGUGCUUGCUUAGCCUAGCGGUGCACAGAGCCCUGUGUUCCAUCCCCAGCACCUCAAUAAAAUUAGGUGCACGCCUGUAAUCCCAGGGAGGAAGUAAAUGCAGGAGGAUUGGGCAUUCAAGGUUAUCCUUGGCUAUGUAGUGAGAGUGAACUUUCUUCUACCUCUUGCUGUGAGCCGUUAGCAUUGUCCCCAGCCCUGACUGGCAGGGUGGACUUCCUGACCUGCUGGUGCUGCCCAGUGCCCUGCCUGCUGUGGGAGGGGAGGGUGGCUAGGUGGAGCCUCUGCCUUGCAGAACAGCUGAGUGAGGUUGCUGACUGUCUGGGCCCUCCAGAAGCAAGGGAAAGGACAAUCUGCUUUGUGGAGACCAACUUGGGUUAGGGGAGGGGCAGCCAAGGAGAGUACCUGUGGGGGACCUCAACUCUAAACACUGACACAGGGGUCCCUGAAGACCUGGCUAGAAUCACCUCUGUCCAGGUCCAACUGCAGGGAGGGCAGAAGUUGAAAGGAAACAUAGUUAUGAAGUGCGUGUGUGUUCAUGCUUUGCCAUGGCAGCUUCCUGCGGUAGGACGGUAGAGAACUGGCGGCCUUCCUGUGGGGAAGGGCUUUUUUUCCUGAGAGUGGGCCUCCUGCCUGCACCCCAGGAGUUUGCCUGUUUCCAGAGCUUAAAAAUCCUGAGCUGGUCCGCCCUCUCGUGGACAUUUCCGGGAGUCCCACAGCCUGUGAGUGACAGUUUGGGCAUUCAACCUGCAGGGAGAGCCGGCGAGCUGACAGUGAUUCCCCUGCUUAGCAGAGCGCUGUUUUAACUAGCACAGGGUUGCAGACAGCCUGAGCAACAUUCUUCCCACCUGCAGAAGCUGGCUGGUCAGAGCUCAAGGGCUCUCCACCUUCCCGUUCUUCUCCAACUCAAGAUCCCUGGGUCAAGCAGCCCAAAAAAGCACUUUCUCCCAAGUAAUUCCUCUUUCUAUUUUAACCUGAAGUCAGUCCCUCUUCCUCUGGUGCCGCUGCUGCUCUAAGGGGCUAGCCUGCCACCCUCUAGUUGGUAAGAGUAUUAUCAACAGCUGGGGUGCAACCCUGAAUAUAAUACUAGCUCCCAGGCUUCCGCAGAGUUAGCACAGGUGUAGCCAAGUGACCCUCCAGGGGAAAUUGGCAGGGACUUCUGCCUGCCUGGUGUGGAAGUCAGAAGUGCUCGCUCACAGUGUGGGCUGGGAGCCAGUAGGGCUUUCACAAAACAUUGCUGACCUUUAUAGAAACCCAAACCCAUCUGCAACUGAUGGGAGAGAAAUCCACGAUCGGGAUUCAUGUUUUCCUGCACUAUAAUCACGUCUUGCCUGGUCUUUGGAGUUUUUUCCUCUUUAUGAUGUUAAGACUUUUUUUAAAGUGGGGAAAACCUUUAUCUAAUUUAUUAAGGGAGAGAAAGUACCUCUUCGAAUCCCAGUUCACACCCCGUGUACUUCCUGUGUGCCAUGGAAAUGCUGUUUGCAGUUGUGCUUUGAAUGAUUUUGGUUUCCGUUGUUUUGUUUUGUCCCUGCUUAUAAAUACUUUGUCGUGUCUGCUGAGUGUUUGGAAAUAUUAGAAUCUGUUCUUUUGGUGGUACCUGUUUCCCUAGUGUGCCUUUUUAUUUUUCUGUGGGGUUGGUUUUUGGAAGCUGGGUGCUAUUGCUGCUGAAGACUAACAGCAGAUUGUCUGUGUGUGUGUGUGUGUGUGUGUGUGUGUGUGUGUGUGUGUGUGUGUGCAUCACCCCUGCCCCCCCCCGUCCGCCUGUCCCCCCCGCCCCCGUCCCGGUCCCCAGAGGAGGAGUGAUGAUGCGAAGAAUCCCAUUAGCCCUGUCUUGGGGUCUGCUGGUUACCAAGGCGGUUAAGAGCCUCAUUCCCUUGUACCUUAUCCCUGGCUAAGACCAGCCCUAAAUCCAGCUUUUUAGGAGCAGUAGCCCAGAAAUACUUCAACUAGUUAGCAUAUUGGAGAAAUGAGAUGUCCAUUUUCUAUUUUCUGUUCGUUAGUGAAUGAAUGUGGAUGUGGAACCGCAGUACCACUCACUGGUAAAGAAGACCUAUCAGUAACAUGAAACCAUGUGUUAUUUGUAGGUGGGUGUGUGCUCUUUAGACCAGACCAGGGUGGUUUACCUAGACUGUAUUUGUAAUUAGACACUGCCACCUCUCCUAAAAUUCUUCAGUUAAAAGGAAAAAUCAAGUAUUCGGUUAACGACGGGCUCUGUUGUAUGAUACUAUCUCAAGCCUGGACUGUUUUAUUUAUUUUAAAAUAUUUUAAUUAACAUAUUGGCUUUAUUCUAAUCCCAUCUGUCCCUAUGGAACUGCAGAGCGUGUCUUCAUUAGAGUAGAUGGAUGGGCAGAAAUAGAUUUGUAGAUCUAGUAAGCCAGCAGCUGGCUGAGUUCCUUCCUCUCUUGUUGGCUUCAACAAAAGGUGGAAAGUCAAGUUUGUUUUUGUUUUUUGUUGGUUUUUUUUUUUUACAUAUAGCAAAAGACCAAAUUAGCUGUAUAGUCUUGGAUGCAAAAAAUAAAAAUUACCCUAACUUUCCUAGCUCUUAGGGUUCUGUGGAGAUUUGGUGUUUAGUGCAGUGCCUGGCUCAUAGUAAGCCUGGUGAAUGUUCAAUAUUGAUAUUAUUAGUAUAUCAUAAAACUUGAGAAAUAAAGAGCUGAGCUCAUUCCCUAUCUGUUGAUUCAAAAAAUGACGAUUACAUGAAAAUCUUAUUCCUAGUUGAUCAGAUUUUGUAGGAAUUGUUCAUUUCAAAUGUUUAAGCUCUGCGCCUACCUUGAUUGCUGAAAUUUUAAUGUAUUUCUUGAAUGCACUGAGUUUGAAAUUAUGCUAGUCUUCAGCCCCCAAUGAAACAAGGCGGCAAGAAUUGAUUAACUGGAGUUGAAAAGGGCCAGACCUCAUCCCACUGUUAUGUUCUGGAACAUUCCAGGAGUUUCUUUGAGAAACUUUUGGAGCUAGAAAUUAAAAUUCUUUCACAAAUUGCA